CGCAAGGGGAAAAAAUUUUGUCCCCUCCCCCUCCUCCUGGCUCCCCCAGCUUCGGGCCCCGAGUGGACUAUGCCGCCCCCGUCGUCUGCCCGAACCGCGGUGGAGACGUUGACGGCCGGGGCUUAGCCCGGCGGCCACCGCGGCGGCGGCCCCCAGUUCCAAUUCCGCCCCGUCUCCGCCCGGAGGGAGGUCGCCGGGGGGAGGGGCACGAACCGACCGGCCCGGGCCGCCGGGGGGAGGGCGGCGGAAGGCGGGCGCUAGGGAGACCCGGGCUCGGAACUUGAUUCUCGGAGGAGGGGAAGUUCCCGCCCAGGGAACCCGAGCGGCGACGUCGGGAGUGGCCUCAGUUGAUUAUGGAAGAUUCCCACAAAAGUAACAGUUCAGAGACAGCACCACAACCAGGUACAACAGUACAGGGUGCUCAUAUCUCUCAAAUUGCUCAACAGAUGUCACUAAGAGGAGCUGCACCAAUGACAGUUGUACAUCUUUCUGGAGAACAAGUACAAAAUCAGGGCGUCAUCCAGACUGCUCAGUCAUCUUCAGUUAUCCAUCCACCGCAAGUACAGACAGUGCAGGUAUCAUCCUGGUCAGAUAGUGAAGAUUCUCAGGAUUCAUCUGAUAGCAUAGGCUCUUCACAGAAAGCUCGGGGGAUUUUAGCACGGCGUCCAUCUUACAAAAAAAUCUUGAACGAUCUUUCUUCAGAAGACGCCAGAGACAGGAAGGGAGACGGAGAAAACCCUGGAGUUUCAACAGUCACAUCUAUGUCUGUCCCAACUCCUAUUUACCAGACUAGCACUGGACAAUACAUUGCCAUUGCCCCAAAUGGAACAUUACAACUGGCCAGUCCAAGCACAGAUGGAGUACAGGGGCUGCAGGCAUUAACAAUGACAAAUACAGGCAGUGCUCAGCAAGGAACAACAAUUCUUCAGUAUGCACAGACAUCUGAUGGACAGCAGAUACUUGUCCCUAGCAACCAAGUGGUUGUACAGACUGCAUCAGGAGAUAUGCAGACUUAUCAGAUUCGUGCCACACCAGCAAAUACUAACCUUCCACAGACAGUAGUGAUGACAUCUCCAGUCACUAUAACAUCUCAGACAACCAAAACAGAUGAUCCACAGUUGAAAAGAGAAAUAAGAUUGAUGAAAAAUAGAGAAGCCGCUCGAGAAUGCCGUAGAAAGAAAAAAGAAUAUGUUAAGUGUCUGGAAAAUCGAGUUGCUGUCUUGGAAAAUCAAAAUAAAACUUUAAUAGAAGAAUUAAAAACUUUAAAAGAUCUCUAUUCCAAUAAAAAUGUCUAAAAAGAAGAUAAACAAAUUUUAUGGACUUACCUAAAAAUUAAAUGGAUUUUCUUUUUAUAUGGAAUUUUAUAAACUAAAAGGUCAAAAAUGAAACUUUUAAACCUAGGAGUUGCAACAUAAAGACUAAAGAUUUUAUUUACAAGAUGAUGGAGAUAAGAGGACUUCAAGCAAGCUCCUGGCACAACUGGAAUUUUUAUUGGAAUUAACAUUAACAGUGGUACCGGAUCAACAGAACAUGAAUUUUCAGCAAUUUGAAUUUCCCAGAAAGUAGUUAUCAACAAAGUUUGCAACUGAGACAAUUCAUUAAUGGAAGUUUGAUGGGGGAGGGUUAACCAACAUUUUAUUGGUAUAGAUUUUCAUUACUUAGUAGCUUCUGAAAUAUGCCCUUUUUAAUUGUUUAUGUAAAUAUUUUUGUCUGCCAAUAUUCUAAACUGCAGAUUUAAAAGAAAAUCUAAUGCUUUGUAAAAUGUAUAAAUUAUGUGUACUUUGCUUAACCAUCAAGUCUUUUAAAUGAUCUUUUAAAAAAUUAUUGUUUGCAAGAAGGAAAAACAAACAGGGCAUAAUCAUUUUUCAAGUUUUGUCUUUCAAGAUGUCCAAGCCACAUCAACUGAAAAUGAAGCUUUCAAAGACGUAUUCCAAUCAUUUUAUAGAAACAGUUUAGUAAACUGGACAGAACAGUUUGAACUUUUGAAAGUUUUUAAAAAAUAGUAUUGAUUUUGCUUUUUUGGGUGUGGUAACUUUCUCUAAAUGGAUCGUAAUAAAUCAUGUGCUGAUUCUAUAUGCAGCUGAUAUGCAUUACUUAUUCUACUGUGCUUUAAUAGAAAGAAAUGUUUACAAGCCCCUAAAAAAAAAUUAUUUUAGAGGAUUUUUAAAAAUCAGCUGAAGAUACGUACCAAAGUAUUUUUCCAAGAGGGUUUUUCUAAUCAAAAUCUAAUGUAGGGCUUAUCAGUUAAAAAAUAAUGCAAUUUUAAAACAAUUAUCAUGUAGAAAAUAUUUUGUGAGGUAAAAAAUGGUACCUUUGUAAGAAAAAGUGACUAUUUUUAUAUAGUUAAUCUUCAUGAAUUCUAAAGUUGUGUUUUUAUGCUUAUUUUAUCAGUUUAUACAGUUUUUAGUAAAAAAAGAAUAGAUAUUUUAUCUCAGAUUAUCAUUUUUAUAUUUUCAUGGGGACUAAGGUUUUCUAAAUUGCAAGUAUUUGAAUUAUGUGCAUUUCUGUAUAAUUAUCUGAAAUCCAAAAUAUGCUGUUAGUACAUCAGUAGUUCUGUAAUCAAACUACUCAUUUUUGAGCUUACCUACAAAAAUAUUGUCAACUCCUAAUAUUUGUAUCAUUUUGUUUUAUUCCUGUAAAAAUUAAAGGGCAUUUGAGAUAAUCAAGACUGUUGGAUGUAAAACAUAUACAAUUUGGAAGAAAAGGUUUGAAACUUGAA